ACCAGGAUUAAAAAAAAAAACUGGUUGUCAGACUUUUACCUGAGUAUCGUGACAGCUGAUGUUACUUAUUAAAGAUGCAACACAAAAUAGGAGAUGAUUAUGGAUAGGAUAACAAAGAUAAUUAAUGGACUUAAGAGAUGUAAAAACUUCUUUUAAGAACAACAUAUUUCCAGUCCUUUUUGUUUAAAUUUAUUUUCCGGUGCAUACAAAUAGAUGUCAGUAGAGUACAAGCUGUUUCUACAAUGUCAAUCUCAAGAGCUUGGGAACACAUACUCUACCUUUAUUACUGCUUUGCAUUUUUACGUUGACUCAGUGAGACAGAUUUUUCUUAUCAAAUUUCAGUUUAUCGUCAAAUACUCUCCAGUCAUCCCCGAAUUCUUGAUUGAUAAGGUAGCAUUGCUCUCAUGCUUUCCGGUAUGAUUCUGAAAGACACCAUGUUGUUGAGUCCAUGUCUUCUCUCUUUGAUUAUCUAAAUCCUCAGGUGGAUGUAAUGAUGAGCUACUCACCUAAAGACCAGAAAUUUUGAAGGUGAAAAAAAAUAAAAACACUAUAGCUGUGACAAUGAAAAACAAACCGAGAGGACCAUGUCCCUACGGUACUGCAAACUGGCUCUCUAAGAUUACAUUCUGGUGGGCUUUUCCGCUGUUCAAUUAUGGUUUCCGCCACCCUUUGACACAGGAUCAUCUGUACGAUGUCCUACCAGAGGACCAGUCCGACUUGUUAGGGGAUCGCAUGGAAAAAUCCUGGAAUGCCCAUGUGAAAAAAUGUGAAGAUAAAGGGAAAAAGCCAAGUUUGUACUGGGCAGUGAUUGCAGAGUUCAAAUGGGAGUGGGGCAUAAAUGGCAUCUUUCUUGUCGUCUCUGAAGGUAUCAGGAUUUCCCAACCCUACCUGAUUGGUCAGAUUAUCUCCUACUUCCAGCCUGGCUCCACCUUGUCACAAACGGAGGUGUACAUCUACGCGACGGUGGUGGCAGUCAGCCACAUUCUACAGCUGAUUGUCAAUCCCAAGUAUUUCUUCAAUUGCGAUCAUAUUGCUUUAAAAAUGAAAGUGGCUGUGGCUAGCCUCAUAUAUAGGAAGAUACUCAAAAUGAGCAGCUGGUCAAAACAUUCCACAACAUCAGGAAAAAUUAUCAACCAUUUGUCAACAGAUUUAGAGAAGUUUAGAUAUACGACUGAAACCUUCCAUUUUUGUUGGCUGGGUCCCCUGGAGAUUGUGGCUAUCCUGUACUUGUUGUACCAACAGAUAGGUCUGGUCAGCCUCCUUACUCUAGCCGUCACCAUAGUUCUCAUACCCCUACAGGUCAUGCUGGGAUGGAUUUAUGGGAAAUUGAGGAUGCAGAUAGGAGCUGCAGGAGACAAAAGGAUUCAUUUGAUGAAUCAGAUAAUCGCUGGGAUGAGAGUUAUUAAAAUGUAUUGCUGGGAAAAACCUUUCAGUGAAAUUGUGUUUAACAUCAGAGGGUGGGAAGUAUCUGAGAUAUGGAAAGCCAAUAUUGCCAAGUCCAUCAACAUGGGAUUGUUCCAGAGUGCCUCUGUUGUCAUCAGCAUGGCCCUGUUUGGAACAGCGUGGUAUACGGGGGUUCCCCUGUCCGCCCAGAGGAUCUACAGCACCCUGGGCUGGGUCUUCUGUCUGCGACUGACCAUCUUCCUCUUCAUGAUGUACCUGGUGGAAGAUAACAAACAACUGGCAUCUUCCCUCAAAAGAAUACAGUCUUUUCUCACAGUAGAGGAUAUGAAGGUCUUUUCCGAGUCUGAAGGGACAACCAAGUCGAUGGAGAAGGAGGGUGUGUCUAUCUCUAUCAGGGACAUGACAGCCAGCUGGCUUGGGCAUCACCCCCAGGACAAUGAGGGUGUAGCCGAUAAACUUCUGGACCAGAAGAUGAAUGAGGCAUUUUCUUUGAAGAAUAUUGACCUGAAAGUAAAAAAGGGAGAACUCCUGGCAGUAGUAGGACCAGUUGGUUCUGGAAAGACAUCUCUCCUGCUGAGCCUUCUUAAAGAGCUUCCACCCGAGACAGGACAAGUGUGUGUGCAGGGCAUGCUGGGAUACAUGGCUCAGACGCCGUGGGUCAUGUCCGGAACAUUUCAGGCCAACGUCACGUUUGGAGAGAAUGUGGAGCAAGAGAGAUAUCGCAAGGUGUUGUAUGCCUGUGCUUUAAACAAGGACCUGGAGCUAAUGAGAUUGGGGGACCAGACCUUGGUCGGGGAGCGAGGCUUGUUGCUGAGUGGUGGUCAGAAGACCAGGCUCACACUCGCAAGGACGGUGUACAGGGAGGCAGAUGUGUACCUGCUGGAUGAUCCCCUGGGGGCAGUGGACACAGAGGUGGGAAGUCACCUGUUCCAGAGAUGUAUUUGUGAGUUCUUGGAAGGAAAAACCAGGAUUUUGGUGACUCAUCAGCUGCAGUAUCUAAGGUCAGCUGACAGAAUAGUUGUUCUGAACGAGGGUAAAGUAGUUAGUGUUGGAACGUAUGAUGAACUGGUGAAACAGGGGACAGAAUUUUCCUCCAUCCUUACCAAGCAUGACAAAGACAUAGAAGAAAAAGACGAGAGACAAGAAAAAUUGGUCAAUGAACAACGGGAGAAGAACACUCAGGUGGUUGAUGACGGUGAAUUUGCGGAGACCGGGGGCAUUGGUUGGAAUGUCUACCAGGACUACUACCUCUCUGGUCGGCCAUGGCUGUACCUACCACUGACCUUGUUCCUUCUCGUGAUAGCCUAUGCUGCUUAUGGAUAUGGAGACUGGUAUCUAGCUAAAUGGGCUGAACUCUCAGAUUCUUUGAACUUAAAUGCACAAAAUGGAUCCUAUCCGCUAUAUCCAGUGAUUAAUACAUUGAACAAAACACUGGGAUUAAACACAUUGUACAGCAUAACACCCCUUCUACAGACCAGCAACUCUACCCCUGUGGGGUCCCUGAUCACCCAGGGAGACACGUUGAUGCAGAAGUACCUGGUGGCCAUGUCUGUCUUUGUGGUGGGAAUCAGCCUCUUCAGCCUGGUGUACUUCAGAAUGUCAGUCAUCAUCAGCAAGAGACUUCACAACAACAUGUUCCAAGUGGUGAUGGGGGCCAAGACUCAUUUCUUUGAUUCAAACCCUGUGGGUCGAAUAUUGAACAAAUUUGCAAGAGACUUGGGGUUAAUAGAUUCUGUCAUACCUACAUUAACAAACAUCGUUUUAGAGAUAAUCGUUCGCUUGGCAAUGCAAAUUGGUAUAACCUGUAUCAUCAAUCCUUUCUUGCUGUUACCCUUGACUCCCUUAGUGAUAGUGAUUUACUUAAUAAGAUGGUUCUCGUUACCGACUACAAGAAAUAUGAAACGCUUAGAGGCCAUGACCCAGAGUCCUAUCUUCUCCCAUAUCUCUGACACUCUGGUGGGACUCCAGUCAAUCCGAGCCCUGGGGAUGAGUCGGAAGUUCCUGCAGGAUUUUGACAGAUUCCAGGACCGACACACCAGCGCCUUCUUCCUGUUCCUGUCCGCAAACCGCUGGUUCAGUCUGCGUUCUCUUUUCUUCCUGGAUGUCUACUUUGUCCUUGUCAUCCUGUUGUCAUUGGUUCUCAGGGAUAUGAUUGGAUUAUCCGGGGGACUGUUUGGAAUGGCUUUGAACUAUUUGUUGACAAUGGCUGACCCUUUUGAGAGCAUGAUGAGGAUAUCUGCUGACCUUAACACGCAGAUGACAUCUGUGGAAAGAAUCAUAUCCUACACAAAGCUAGAACAGGAGGCCCCCAAAGUCUCUGAUUCCCCGCCCCUUUCCUCUUGGCCUCAAAAUGGGCAAAUUAAACUAGUCAAUGUAGGACUACAGUACUCAUCUGAUACUGACCAAGUCUUACACAAUAUAACCUGUCUUAUCAACAGCAAAGAGAAGAUUGGGAUUGUGGGGAGGACUGGAGCAGGGAAGAGUUCUUUACUUGCGGCAUUACUGAGGUUAGCGGAGCCUACAGGGGAGAUUUAUAUCGACGAUGUCAAUGUGUUAAAAAUUGGCCUCCACGAACUCAGAAAUAAAAUCUCUGUCAUUCCACAGGAUCCAAUAUUAUUCAGUGGUACUUUAAGGAAGAAUUUGGAUCCUUUUGAGGAAUACACAGAUAACCAGUUAUGGAUGGCACUAGAACAGGUUCAGCUCAAGGUGAAAGUUCAGAGUGAGAGAGAAGGACUGUUUAUGGAGGUGUCUGACAGCGGACAGAACCUGAGUGUGGGGCAGAGACAGCUGGUGUGUCUGGCCAGGGCCAUCCUCCGACAGAACAACAUACUGGUGCUGGACGAGGCCACCGCCAAUGUGGACCACAACACUGACAGGUUGAUCCAGGAAACAAUUAGAAGUCGGUUCAAGAAUUGUACGGUCCUAACAGUUGCCCACAGGAUUCAUACCAUUAUGGAUUCCAGUAGAGUCAUGGUUUUAAACCAGGGAAAACUUGUUGAAUUUGAUACACCAUAUCAACUUCUACAGAUAGAAGAUGGAUUCUUCAGAAAUCUAGUCCAACAGACUGGUAAAGCCCAGGCAAAGGUUUUACAUACAUUAGCUGAGAAUUACCAGAAAGAGAUAUCCUAAAUUUUUGAUAUAUUGAUCAAUGUUUUGUUUUAGAACUCUUUAAAUGGUUUUUAUCAAAAUAAAUUCUUGAAUUCAG